AUGAUCGGGGCUCCAUGUCAGCCAGGGCAGGCAGCACCGACGGCCAGAGCGCCUCGCGUAGCCAGAGCAUCGACCUUAGCGAAAGAGAGUUUCCGCGGGGCUCUUCCACCCGCUUCUGAAGCGGCCAAGGCUGACAUGGACAGCAUCAGCGAGAAGGAGGAGGCUCUGCUGCAAUCUGUGACAAGGACUGGAGCCGUGGUGCCGAGGAAGCGAGCGGUGGGAAGGCUGGUCAUGCACAGCAUGGCGAUGUUUGGCCGGGAGUUCUGCUAUGCCGUGGAGGCCGCCUUUGUCACGCCGGUACUGCUCAGCGUAGGGCUGCCCAAGAACCUCUACAGCUUGGUAUGGCUCAUCAGCCCUAUCCUGGGCUUCGUGCUGCAGCCCGUGGUAGGUUCAGCCAGUGAUCACUGCACCUGUAGCUGGGGCAAGAGGCGACCUUACAUUCUGGGUCUGGGCAUCAUAAUGCUGUUAGGCAUGGCUUUGUACCUCAAUGGGGACGUGAUGAUCUCAGCUUUCGUCGGUGAGAGAGACAAGCAGCAGACGUGGGCAAUAGUCAUUACCAUGCUGGGAGUAGUGCUUUUUGAUUUUGCAGCUGAUUUUAUUGAUGGUCCCAUCAAAGCAUAUUUAUUUGAUGUCUGCUCUCAUCGGGAUAAAGAGAAGGGUCUGCAUUACCACGCCCUCUUUACAGGUUUGGGAGGAGCCCUGGGUUACCUGACAGGUGCUAUGGAUUGGGGUCAGACUGUACUAGGAUAUUCCUUGGCAUCGGAAUUCCAGGUGAUUUUCUUCUUUGCAGCCUUGGUUUUCCUAGUCUGCCUUACUGUACAUCUGCGCAGUAUUCCUGAAGUCCCACUCAGAUAUGAAAAUGAAGAGACAAAGAUCUUGCUGGAAGUGACUAAGUCCUAUAAAUAUAGCUCCAUGGAGGAGGAAAACAAGAACAGCUACUUAAAACCAGUAUGUACUGAAAUAAAGGCUGCAGCCAAACCGAGGAAAUGCGCUGUUACGUCACACACCGAGGAUCAAAGGCGGAUGACCCUUAAAUCACUCUUGAAGACACUUCUAAGCAUGCCAUCCCACUAUCGCUAUCUGUGCGUGAGCCACCUCUUUGGAUGGAUGGCUUUCCUGUCCAACAUGCUCUUCUUCACGGAUUUCAUGGGACAG